AUGACGUCGUGUGGCAGAGGCGUGGGGGGGCGGGGGCGAGAGCUGGGGGGGUGUGAGAGUGCCAGAGCUCGUGUCGCAGAGCAGCACCUGCAGCAGCACCUGCAGCACUCCCUGCCUGCCCUGGACCUGCAGCAGCACCUGCAGUGCUCCCCGGAGCAGCGCCGAGCCGCCGACAUCACCCGCCUGCUGCUGCUCUACCGGCCCCUGCUCGACGCCUUCAUCGUUGAUUUCUUCACCGAGGAUCUGUGGGCACAGCUGCCCCCAGCCUGGCAGCCCGCCCUGGCCAGUGCCACCCCAGCACAGCUGGCCGGGCUCCUGGGGGGCCGCGCUGGCCCAGGGGCUGCCUGGCCCCUGUCCCUGCUGGCCUUUGCUGCUGCUGCCCGUGCCCUUGCCUUCCCUCGGGGGAGCCCGGGAGGGUCCCCACGCCCCCCGUGCCAGAGCUCCCGCCUGCACCCGCUGCUCCGCCGCCACGUCAAGCCCAAGAAGCAGCACGAGAUCCAGCGCCUGAGCCAGCUGCUGCAGAGGCUGAGCCAGGCCACCGGCUGUGAGCGCGUGGUGGACAUUGGAGCAGGGCAGGGCCACCUCUCCCGGAUCCUGUCCUUUGGCCUGGGGCUGUCGGUCACUGCAGUGGACAGUGACGGCCGCCUGGUGAGCCUGGCUGAGCGCUUCGACCAGGAGCUGCUGCGGGAGCUGGGGAAAGCCAGGGGGCUGGGGAAAGCCAGAGCCGGCCCUGCUGCCCAGAACCCGCUGGGGGGCCCGGGAGGCUCUGAGGAUGGGGGGCAGGUGCUGGUGACGGGGCUUCACACCUGCGGCGACCUCAGCCCGGCCCUGCUGUGCCACUUCACCCGCAGCCCUGCCGUGGCUGCCGUGGCUUUGGCGAGCUGCUGCUACAUGAAGCUGUCGACCGCCCCACAACCCCCUGGGUGCCCCCUGGGCUACCCCCUGAGCGCCUCAGUGGCCGCAUUGCCGGGCCACCAGCUGUCCUACCGGGCACGGGAGGCUGCCUGCCACGCCCUGGAGGAGUUCGAGGGGCGGCUGCGCGGGGGCAGCUCCCACCUGCGCGCCCACUGCUACCGCGCCGCGCUCGAGAGCCUCAUCUGCGCCGCUGAGCCCAGCAAGAGGCACCUGGGACUGCAGCCAGGCAGGAAGGCACAUGGCCUCAGCUUCCCCCAAUACGCCCACUUGGUGCUGCCCCUUGCGGGACUGGACCCAGCGAGGGUCCCGCUGGACUCGGAGGCUGUGGGGGCCAUGCUGGAGCAGCAGCACAAGGUGGUGGCAUUCUACACCCUGGGGCAGCUUCUGGCACCUGUGGUGGAGACCCUCAUCCUGCUCGACCGUCUGCUCUACCUCCGGGAGCGAGGUUUCCACUGUGCCCUUGUGCCCCUCUUCAACCCCCAGUUCUCCCCACGGAACCUGGUGCUGGUGGCUGCACGGACCCCACUGGCCACAGUGCUGGCUGGGCUGGACAAGGACAGGGAGGAGUGGGACAGCAACAAGGAUGAAGAUUUGGGGGAAGGGCAGAGCCUGCACAGCCCUGAGCACAGGCCACAAUAAACCCAGGAUUUGUAUAGCGGGGCUGGGUGUGAGUGAGCCAGAAGCACUGCUGCAGACACAGAGGAUCAAGG